GUUGCAAGAUCAAAGCCCUGAGGGCCAAGACCAACACCUACAUCAAGACCCCCGUGCGUGGAGAAGAACCCAUCUUCGUGGUGACUGGCCGGAAGGAGGACGUGGCCAUGGCCAAAAGGGAGAUCCUCUCAGCAGCAGAACACUUCUCCAUGAUCCGUGCUUCACGGAACAAAAACGGCCCCACUUUGGGGGGUCUCCCUUGUACCCCCAACCUCCCCGGCCAAACCACCGUCCAAGUCCGGGUGCCUUACCGCGUCGUCGGCCUGGUGGUGGGCCCCAAAGGUGCCACCAUCAAAAGGAUCCAACAGCAAACCCACACCUACAUUGUCACCCCCAGCAGGGACAAGGAGCCCGUGUUUGAGGUGACGGGGAUGCCCGAGAACGUGGACAGGGCUCGGGAGGAGAUCGAGCUGCACAUCGCCCUCCGCACCGGCGCCUACGUGGAGCUCAGCCAGGACAACGACUUCCACUGCAACGGCACCGACGUGGGCUUUGAGGGAGGGGGGGGACCCCCCAAUCCAGGUUCAGCUUGGCUCCCAGCCCACCCCGGCCCCCCAGCUCGAGCCAGGAUGAUCUCCAGCUACAGGAACGACAGCUCCAGCUCGCUGGGCAGCGGCUCCACCGAUUCCUAUUUCGGCGGCAACCGCUUGGCGGAUUUCAGCCCCACCAGCCCCUUCGGGGGCUUGUUUUUCUUCGGGGAGACGCUGCCCUCGGGGGGGGUGGAGGAUCCAUCCCUCGACUCUUCCCCCUACGACUCCUUCCCCACGGCUUCCCAAACCAUCUGGAGCCCUUUUGAACCUCCAAACCCCCUCGCCGGUUUAGGGGGCGAGCCCCUCUCUCAACGCCGAGGGAGCCAACCAUCCACCCCCCGCCUGUCGCCCACCUUCCAGGAGAACCCCGAGCAUCCUCUGGCCAGGAGCGGCAGGGUUUCAGGAGUGACCCACCUCCUCUGCCACCCUUCUGGCCUUCCCAUCUACAUCCCAGCUUUCUCCAACGGUACCAACAGCUACUCCUCUUCCAACGGGGGCUCUGCCUCCAGCUCCCCCCCCGAGCCCCGGCGGAAGCACGACUGCGUCAUCUGCUUCGAGAGCGAGGUGGUGGCCGCCCUGGUCCCCUGUGGCCACAACCUCUUCUGCAUGGAGUGUGCCACCCAGAUCUGUGAGAAGGAGCCACCAGCCUGUCCCGUUUGCCAGACAGCUGUUACUCAGGCCAUCCAGAUCCACUCUUAA